ACCUCUCUCCAUGACCCAGCUCUGUUUACCCAGACCCAAAGCCCUUGCAGAUUUGAUCCCAGUUCCUCCCAGGGGUCUGGAUGCUGGGGAGGGGUCGUGUCAUCCAGUCAUGUCCUCCUGGGGCUCUAGCUGGGCCCAGCUCCUAGACAGUGUCCUAGGGCUGGGGGCACUAGGGAUGACAAUCCAGGCAGUCUUUUCCACAACUGGCCCAGCCCUACUGCUGCUGCUAUUGCUAGUCAGCUUCCUCACCUUCGACCUGCUCCAUAGGCCCACAGGUGGCACACGGCCACAGCACAAACUUCUCACCAGGGGCCAGAGUCAGGGGGCCGGUGAGGGUCCAGGACAGCAGGAGGCUCUACUUCUGCAAAUGGGGGCAGUGUCAGGACAACUUCACCUCCUGGAUGUGCUGCUGCUGCUGCUCUUGGGACUUGGCUUGCUCCUGAGAGCCUGUGGCAUGCCCUUGACCCUGCUUGGCCUGGCCUUCUGCCUCCAUCCUUGGGCCUGAGAGCCCCUCCCAAAAACAGUGUCCUUCAAAUAUACAAUGGCCAUCCUCCUUC